UUUAAGAAGCAGACGACGAGAUCGAAGUUUAAGUUUAUCUACACAACACCACAGACUUGUAUGAACCAGCGACGGACGAAAACCAGAUAGUCAAAUCAAUGUUCAAGUCGAGUAGGACAACGGGCAUUCAGUUAACACACCAGAGUUGAGCAUGGCACAUGCGGCGCCCAAGAACACAAUGACUAUAGAGGUGGACAAAGGUCACGUGACGUGUCCUCUGUGUCGAAAAGUCUUCCAGGAGCCGAAGACUCUGAGCUGCCUGCACUCAUUCUGCCGGAAGUGUCUUCAGGACCACAUAAACAACGACCCUUCAUCCACUAGGAGGAACGGUUUCAGCUGCCCAGUCUGUGCAGAGUUUGUGUCGGUAGCUACGCCCGUAACGGAUUGGGCGGACAUUUUGAAGACGGACUUCCGGUUACAGGCAUUGAUAGAAAAAAUGCCGACGGAACAAUAUAACACCCGUAUUUUCGUCAACCAUUUGGAUAAGACCAUUACCCGCAAUGAAUUGCAUGAUAUAUUUUCUGAGUUCGGAAAAAUCAUCUCUCUAAAGAUUAAAUCCGACGAGGACGGUCCCUUGGGUUACGGUUCUGUACUGUUUCAAACCGAGGAAGCUGCCCUGGCGGCGGUUCAGAAGUUGAACGGUACAGAGCACUGCGGCAAGCGCGUGUUGGUUGAAAUGUUUGUUCCAAAGAAGGAGAGAAUUGAACAAGCGAAGAAGAAACCGUUUAAGAACGUCUACAUCAACAACUUCGGCGACGAUUUGUCGGAAGACGAGUUGACAAAAAUGUUCGAACGAUUUGGCAGAAUCACCAGCGCAACGAUUAUGGUCGACAGUUCGGGGAAAUCAAAAGGAUUUGGAUUCGUUCAAUUUGAGGACGCAGAAUCUGCUCAAAUGGCUGUCGACCGGCUCAAUGGUCUCCACCUGGGAGGGAGAUCCCUGUACGUGGGCCGAGCACAGGGCCGAUUGGAGCGACACAUGGAACUCAAGGACAGGUUCGCAAACUCGAAGAAGACGGCCACGAAACAGACCGUCAACCUGUACGUGAAAAACCUUUCCCCCAGAAUCGACGAGACGCGACUUCGAGACGAGUUCUCCCGAUUCGGGAACAUCACCAGUGCUACGGUAAUGCGCGAAGACAGUCGAUCAAAGGGCUUUGGGUUCGUUUGCUUCAGUUCGGCCGAGGAGGCCACUCGAGCCAUCACGGAGAUGAACGGACAAACUAUUGAUAACAAACCCUUGUACGUAGCCCUGGCCCAGAGGAAGGAGGACCGACGAGCUCACCUGGCUUCUCAGUACAUGCAACGCAUGACAACCAUGAGGCAACAGACGGCCCAGUUCAACCAGAUGUUCCAACCAAAUGGAGCAGGCUACUUUGUACCCACAAUGCCUCGGGCUCAGCGUGGAUUCUUUGCUCCAACUCAGAUGCCACAGGUGCGCCCAAGUCCAAGAUGGCAGACACAGGUCCGACCGAACCAGACAACCGCAGGUUUUCAAACGAUGCCCAUCUCACAAAUGAGACAGAAACAACCUGAUGCAGAUUAUGACGACGUGGCAAUACGAACACUCAAAAUUGGAUCCACUGGUAAACGUGAAUCAGCACCAGAUCUACAGGCCCAGGACCGGGAUUAUGACUUAUGUCCGAAAUUGGAUUUAGAUCUGGAUGACGACAUAUCAGUGAGAAAACUCAGAAUUGGCUCCACUGACAAGUCAAGAAGAAAUCGGAAUCGAAGCAAGGAUCGGCAUUCUGACGUCAAUUCAGAUGUGGAUUUGGAUAGAGAUCUGGGUUCGAAUGACAAUUUGAAUCUGGACUGGGCCUUGGAUAAGAAUGAUGGCUGCGAUCGGUAUCAGAAUUUGGUUUUGGAUCCGGAUUCGGAUUCAGAUUCGUAUUGAAAACGUGCCUGCAUUUUUGACCGAAUGUGGAUGUACCUGUAUAUUGUGAAGAUAAACAAUGUAUUUGGUAUAGUUUGGAAUCGUAUACUUCACGUUGGCUCUGUAAAGAAAAAUAUAUAUAUUAUCCAAAUACAAUACGCAUAGCCGUUAUACGUUUAUAACAAUGUGUAUUUUUUCUGAAUGUACUAACAAACCAGCUGGAAAUAAUUUGAUUAAUAAUUCUCUAAAAUGCUUACAGUCCCUUGCGUGAAAUACAAAUGUUCAAUGCAGAUUCUUGUUAGGCACAUGUGCAGAUGUUUUUUCGGGGGUGGGGAGUCUAGACUACGGCGAGCGAAGUUUAUAUGGCGAAUGAGUCAUUUCUCUUCGGAAAAUAUAUUGACCUCCAAAAUCCUCACCCUGUACAGGCGUCUGUACUUUUGUUUGCAAAUGUCGUAGAAAGGUUUUUGGUGCCUGUAUUUGCUCGCGUUAUGAAGGUGGCAGUGUUCCUACACACUGAGUUAGAACAAUAUAUCGCGGUAAAGAUCGGCUUUCCUCUGUAGACAAAACACCAGACAGCGAGUCACGACGCAUAUCACCGUUUUAUGUAGAACUAAUAUAUAUAUAUAUAUAGUGAAACCUCUCAAAACCGGACCCUCUGUAAACCGGAAUUCCUCCAAAAUCGGACAUUUUCCACGGUCCUUUUUAAAAAAAAAAUCAGUACAGAAAAUAACCUAUCUAAACCAGAUACCUCUUAAAGGGACGAUCCUGAGUUUGCUGCAAUUUUUAAGAUGUUAUUGACUAACACAGAGUUUUUAA